CAAUCGGUCUCUCAUCGUCUAAAAUGCUGUACUGACACUGCAUUCGGUAACACCUCCAUUAGCCCUAGCGCCUCAAAAUCUCUGCAAAUCUCUUCUCUUCCUCUGCUGUUCGUGCGACUGGGCGAUUGAAAGCGCCAAUCUUUCGCCCUCCAUUAAUUUUACUUCUCUCGUCAGGUCUUGGCGGGGAAGGAGAAAAAUAAUCGAAGUUCGGAUCUUUAUCGAGCCAUGGAGACUGGGGAGUCUGCUCCCCCUUCCCUCGGUCCUCGUUAUGCACCCGACGAUCCUACUCUUCCCAAGCCUUGGAAGGGGUUGAUUGAUGGGAGCACUGGACUAUUAUACUACUGGAACCCUGAAACCAACGUCACUCAGUAUGAGAAACCAGUCUCUUUGCCACCACCACUGCCACUCGGUCCUCAUCCUAGUGCCUCUACUUCCAAGCCUGCUUCAAUUCCGGAGGCUCAUUCCAUGCCAACAAAUGGCACAUUAACGCCUCACGGGCAGCCAAACCAUCAUGUCCCUCAACAAGAAGGCCAAUCAAACAGCCAGCUUUCUCAACAACCUGGACAUUUAAUAUCACAGCAACACAGUUCUGUUACAGGGCACGUAAAUGUUAAUCACCAUCCUGGUAUGCAAAUGGCACCGGAUGGGCGUCAACAUAGUGCGCAACCGAAUCAGGUCAUGCAGCAACCAGGGAUGUUUGCAAUGUCAUCACAACAUCUUGGCCAGCAGCAUGUCAUGCAACAAAGUCAGAAAAUGGCCCAUAAGAAUCAACAAAUGGCUCAGCAUCCUCCUAACCAGCAAGUCUUGCAGAAUCCAGGACAACAAAUACCACAGCCAUCAAUCCAGAAUCUAGGACAGCCGAACAUGCAAAAUCAAACCCCAUUAGUUGGCCAGCCUCAAGGUCCGCAAUAUGGUCAGCAGCAGCUUCAGUAUAUGGGUUACCAGCAAAGCGUACAUCCAAGUGUUCAGCAAAAUUCACAGCAGCAAGUUAAACAAAGCCCUUUAGGUCAACCAUUUGUUAAUCACCUCGAACAGAAGUCGGGUUUUCUGAACAGAGAGGAGGAUAACCUUCAGUCCGGAAACCAAGUUGGAUUUUCUUCUUCUCAGUUUCAACAAAGUGGUGGUACCUCAUCUAUUCAUAACCUUCAUCCUGGAACCAAUUCUUCUCAAAUGCAACAGUUUGGUUUAGCUACAGAUCAAGCACGACAUUUUGGUGGCUCUCCAGGAAACCUGCAACAGCAGCAUUCUGUGGUUCAGUUGCAGCAUGCAGGUACUGAAUUGACUCAUCGCCAACAUCAUUCUAGAUUCCAAGAUCAAAUGGGCCCAGCUGUGAUGCAGGGGCAGCAAGCUGGUGCUGAAAAUUUGCCUGGCAGAGCUGGAAAUGAAUUUUACUUUGGCAGGAAUGAGGGGCCUGGCACUGGUCCACAUCAACCAAGGCUUGCAGCCAUACCAAUGGCAAGGAGCCAGCAGGAAACAAGGAUGGGUGGUGUUCCAUUUCCAAGUGUGGCACCUGGUCAUCCUAGUGGGACAAAUUUUGCGGCUGGGCACUCACAUAGCAUGUAUAGCCAUGGAUCUGGUGGUCCAUCAUUGCCAAAUAAUGCUCUGAUAGGCCCUCCUCAUGUUGUAGCAUCAGAUGUUACUAAUAUGUCGCCUGUUGAAGUUUAUCGUCAACAGCAUGAAGUAACUGCUACGGGUGACAAUGUUCCAGCUCCUUUCAUGACAUUUGAGGCUACUGGCUUCCCUCCAGAGCUACUGAGAGAGAUAUAUUCUGCUGGAUUCUCAUCUCCUACGCCAAUUCAAGCACAAACAUGGCCCAUUGCCCUGCAAGGUAGGGACAUAGUCGCAAUAGCUAAAACGGGGUCUGGAAAAACUUUGGGCUAUUUGAUUCCCGCCUUCAUUCUUCUUAGGCAGUGCCGAAAUAAUCCACAGAAUGGGCCAACGGUGUUGGUUUUGGCUCCUACUAGGGAGCUUGCUACUCAAAUACAAGAUGAGGCAAUUAAAUUUGGGAGGUCUUCCAGGGUCUGUUGUACGUGCUUGUAUGGUGGAGCUCCAAAAGGUCCUCAGCUGAAAGAAUUAGAUCGUGGUGCUGAUAUUGUCGUGGCAACUCCUGGCCGGCUUAAUGAUAUACUAGAAAUGAAGAUGAUCAACUUUAGGCAAGUUUCACUUCUUGUACUUGAUGAAGCUGAUCGGAUGCUUGACAUGGGAUUUGAACCUCAAAUUCGGAAGAUUGUGAAUGAAAUACCACCACGCAGACAAACUCUUAUGUAUACAGCAACCUGGCCCAAGGAAGUAAGAAAAAUCGCGAAUGAUCUUCUCGUCAACUCUGUCCAGGUGAAUAUUGGUAGCGUUGAUGAACUUGCUGCUAACAAGGCUAUCACACAGUAUGUUGAAGUUGUUCCACAGAUGGAAAAGCAGAGACGGUUGGAGCAGAUCCUUAGGUCCCAAGAACGGGGUUCUAAGGUAAUAAUUUUUUGUUCCACUAAGAGGUUGUGUGAUCAGCUUGCACGGAAUCUUGGGCGUGGUUUCGGGGCUGCUGCAAUUCAUGGAGACAAAUCACAGGGGGAGCGUGAUUGGGUAUUGAACCAGUUUCGUAGCGGAAAGUCUCCUAUACUAGUUGCCACAGAUGUUGCUGCCCGCGGGCUCGACAUCAAAGAUAUAAGAGUGGUGAUCAACUAUGAUUUUCCCACUGGAAUCGAGGAUUAUGUUCACCGAAUCGGAAGAACUGGGAGAGCUGGAGCAACGGGAGUCGCAUAUACCUUCUUCUCUGAACAGGAUUGGAAAUAUGCUGCUGAUUUGAUUAAAGUACUAGAGGGUGCGGAUCAGCAUGUGCCUCCUGAGGUCGAAGUUGGUCACGCCGUUAUAGUCGAAGCCGUAGUCGUAGCCGUAACCAUGAUAAUCAUGAGCGAUCACGUGAGUCGAACUUCGAUAGAAAAGACGAUCUACCUCCUCCCGAAUCAGUCACAGCUUCAUCUCCCGGCACACAAAAGAGCGCAUUUGAAGAACGAGACGACGCUAGGCAGUUUCCUCCAGCGUCCGGGAUCGGGAACAAUAAUAUCGAGCCAGGGAAUCCAGAGAAUGGUGCAGAUAUGAGCGAUCAAAUUGUUAAUGCAGCUCCUCCUCAAGUAAUAUGAAUCUCUUUCUAUCCUUUGAUUUUUGGAUGAUGGCCGGCUUUGGGUUUUUUUCACUUCGAGUGGGAACUAUUCAUACUCCCAAAUCCAAUCUCAUUCUUAAAUUUUCUUACCCGGAAGCUUUAAAGCAAAAAUCCAACCAUAAGGUCAAGAAAUGUGGUGUUUAGGAAAUGUUUACGAUUGGUUGAUGAUGAUGAUGAUGUAUGAAUAUGCUGUGUUCUUGCAAUUAGCAUUAUUUAAUUGAUAGUGUUAUCAAUAACAUUAUUUUGAAAAA